UUUUUCAUCAAAUAGCUCAGAAUAAGCACACCGUCUCGUCCAUAGACUGAUUACCAUACUACCAAUAUCAGAACAAAGCUAAGUAGAACAUUUCAGUGUCCUUUCAUCCAUCGUUUCGUUCGAACGCUUUUGGGGAUCUUUUCUCGAGUCUCGCGUUAAUCAGAUUAUACUGUACAAACAUUGCCAGCAGCAGGCAGAACAACAAUGCGACCGAUUGUGUGUGUCCUGCUCGCCGCGGUCACUAUUUUCGCUAACGCAGCAAAUGGCCGACUAUUCAUAAAUCCAUAUCCUCGUUAUGAAGGAACCUACAGAGCUCUCACCUCGGAUGACGAUGUCGGCGAGCCUCUGUUCCUUACACCUUUCGUAAAGAAUGGAACCGUGGAUGCUGGCCGCCAGGCGGCGAAGGUAAAUCACAGCAGCAUUCCGGCGGAUGUCGAAAGUUACUCAGGCUAUCUGACGGUUGAUGAGACAUUCAACUCGAACUUAUUCUUCUGGUACUUUGUGGCUAAGAGUGACGCCCAAAAUGAUGCCCCGGUUGUUUUGUGGCUCCAAGGGGGACCCGGAGCAUCGUCUUUGUAUGGACUGUUCACUGAAAACGGACCCUUUUCGGUGGAUUCGGACAAAAAAUUGCAACCGAGGAAAUAUUCUUGGCAUUUAAAUCACCAUCUGAUUUAUAUCGACAAUCCAGUUGGAACUGGUUUCAGUUUUACCGAUAACGAACAUGGAUACAGUACCGAUGAGAAACAGGUCGGCAAUAAUCUCUACCAAGCAUUGGUGCAGUUCUUUGCCUUGUUCCCAAAUCUACAGUCGCGCAAAUUCUAUGUCACCGGCGAAUCGUACGGAGGGAAAUAUGUACCGGCUGUAUCGCAUAAAAUACAUCAAAUGAAUGGAAAUACGAAGCUGAAAAUCAACCUGCAGGGACUUGCCAUCGGAAACGGACUGUGCGAUCCUUUCCACCAGCUGGUUUACGGUGACUACCUAUACCAGAUAGGAUUGAUUGAUUCAAACGCCCUGGUUCAGUUUCAAGCGUACGAGAAAAAGGGACGCGAUUGUAUCACAAAGAGAGAUUUCAAUUGUGCGUUUCAAGCGUUCGAUGAAUUGAUCAAUGGAGAUCAAUUUAGCAGUGGGUCCCUCUUCAAGAACGUUUCGGGUUUCGAAACAUAUUUCAAUUACCUUGAGACAAAACCGGAAGCAGCGGAUGAUAAUAUGGUGCAUUUUCUGCAGCUUCCGGAAACACGUCGUGCAAUUCACGUUGGUAAGAAUGCCUUCCACGAUCUCGACAAAGAAAACAAAGUCGAGCAACAUCUCAAACUGGACGUUAUGGAUUCUGUUGCUCCCUAUUUGAAUUCACUGUUGAACAAGUAUCGUGUGCUCAUUUACAACGGUCAGCUCGAUAUAAUUGUAGCCUAUCCGUUGACCGUCAACUAUGUGCGUAAAUUGAACCAUCCGGGAGCUAAAACGUACAAGACCGCACCUCGUUACAUCUGGAAAGUGAACGGUGACAUAGCGGGGUACGCGAAAGAAGCUGGAAACCUGGUCGAAGUGUUCGUGCGUAACGCCGGUCAUAUGGUACCGAAGGAUCAACCCAAGUGGGCGCUGGACAUGAUCAUGCGAUUGACUCACGGAAAAGGAUUCAGCCCUAAGGGAUUGAAAAAAGUGUGCGCUAACUGAACGUCGCGAUUUGUGUUUUUUUUUAUUAAUCUACUCAUCUAUAAACGAAAUAUAAACACUAAAUUUUGAAUCAUAGAA